ACAUUCAGUUUUUCGAUUUUGACGACGGUUGUCAACGAGUUGUAGCAAGCACUUUUUAGUAAAGCGAAAGGAAAUAAUAAUAUUAAAAAAUGGAAAGUGCGGGGAAACAAGAUAAUAACGCCACGCAACAGUUGCCGCAGCGACAGCAGCGGGGAAACCAGCAAGCCAACAAAAAUCUCGGCAAGCAUAAUGCACAAAAACAAAAUGAUUCCGCUGAUGGAUGUCCGGCUGAAAAGAAGCAACGAUUCGGUGGUCCAAAUGCCCAGAAUCAAAACCAGAACCAGAAUCAAAAUGGUGGUGUAACGGGCGGUGGUGGUGCAGUUGGUGGCCCCAAUCAAAAUAAGAAUUUUGGAAACAACAAGGGUGGGUUCGCUGGAAACCGCAAUCGCAACAACAAUCGCGCUGGAAACCAAAACCGGACUUUUCCAGGCAACAACAAUUCAAAUCAAAAGCCCAAUAACGAAACAUCAAAGGCGGACGGUCCUAAUGCACUUGCUAAGAACAAUGAACCGGCAACUGCAGCUGCUGUCCAAAAUCAAGCGAAUCAGAACGCCAACAAGGGCCAAAAUCAACGGCAAGGACAAAACCAAAAUCAAAAUCAAGUCCAUGGCCAAGGAAAUCAAGGAGGACCAGGAAAUCAAGGAGGAGCAGGCAAUCAAGGAGGCCAAGGAAAUCAAGGAGGAGCCGGAAAUCAGGGAAAUGGUCAGGGAUUCAGAGGUCGCAAUGCUGGUAACCAUCAAGGUGGCGGUUUCUCCGGAGGUCCGCAGAACCAGCAGCGUGACAACCGAAACCGUAGUGGUCCACGCCCUGGCGGAGGUGCAGGUGGCACGAUGAACAGCACCAAUAUGGGUGGUGGUGGUGGCGGUGGAGGCGGUGGUCCGCGCGGCGGUGAAGACUUCUUCAUUUCCCAGCGGUUGCGCAGCAUUUCUGGCCCCACCUUUGAACUGGAACCGGUGGAAGUGCCCACGGAGACGAAGUUUUCUGGACGAAAUCGUCUCUAUGUGGGCAACCUGACCAAUGACAUCACCGACGAUGAGCUGCGCGAGAUGUUCAAGCCAUACGGCGAGAUUAGCGAGAUCUUCUCGAACCUGGAUAAGAACUUUACAUUCCUAAAGGUCGACUAUCAUCCCAAUGCCGAGAAGGCUAAACGCGCCCUCGACGGAUCGAUGCGAAAGGGUCGCCAGUUGCGUGUACGAUUCGCACCGAAUGCCACCAUUUUGCGGGUGAGCAAUCUCACGCCGUUCGUUUCCAACGAGCUGCUGUACAAGUCCUUCGAAAUCUUUGGUCCCAUCGAGAGGGCCAGCAUCACCGUCGACGAUCGUGGCAAGCAUAUGGGCGAGGGCAUAGUUGAGUUUGCCAAGAAGUCAUCGGCCAGCGCCUGCCUGCGGAUGUGCAAUGAGAAGUGCUUCUUCCUCACAGCUUCCCUUCGACCGUGUCUGGUCGAUCCGAUGGAGGUGAACGACGACACCGACGGACUGCCGGAGAAGGCGUUCAACAAAAAGAUGCCCGACUUCAACCAGGAGCGCAGCAUUGGUCCGCGCUUCGCCGAUCCCAAUUCGUUUGAGCACGAGUACGGUUCGCGCUGGAAGCAGCUGCACAAUUUGUUCAAAACCAAGCAGGACGCACUCAAACGCGAACUGAAAAUGGAGGAGGACAAGCUGGAGGCUCAGAUGGAGUACGCACGCUAUGAGCAAGAAACUGAACUGUUGCGUCAAGAGCUGCGAAAACGCGAAGUUGACAACGAGCGCAAGAAAUUGGAGUGGGAGAUGCGCGAGAAGCAGGCCGAGGAGAUGCGCAAGCGCGAGGAGGAGACCAUGCGACGGCAUCAGACCGAGAUGCAGAGCCACAUGAAUCGCCAGGAGGAGGACAUGCUCCGUCGGCAGCAGGAGACACUGUUCAUGAAGGCGCAGCAGCUCAAUUCGUUGCUGGAUCAGCAGGAGGGAUUUGGUGGCGGUGGCGGUAACAACUCCACUUUUGACAACUUCGCUGGCAAUAGCAAUUCGCCAUUCGAGGUUUUUAGAGGCAAUAACAAUAACAAUUCCACAAUGAUUGGAAACAAUGCUGCCCCCAACACACAGGACUCCUUCGCUUUUGAAUUUGGGGUUAACAAUAUGAACCAAGGCGGCAAUCAACGUGGAAAUAAUGGCGGAGGAAAUAAUGUCCCAUGGGGACGUCGACGUUUUUAGACACUGGAUCGAUCGAACAAUAUACAAUACAUAUAAGGAUGAGAUUUGACGUACUCUCAAAUAUUUGAUUGCGUUUCACAUUUUAACUUGGCUCUCGCUUGUGCGCGCGAUCAGAAUGAACUUGCUUAAAAGGAUCCCUCUUAUCGCAUGCACCCAAAUAUGUUUUAAUUUAUUAUCGAUCGUCUAUCGAUCCUAAAUUUUAAGAGUAGGGACACGCAAAGGAUGAACCUUACAGAAUCUGAAUCUGAAUCCAAAAGUGAAAGUGCAAUGCUGCAGCAAAAAGAAAAACGAAAUCAUUGCGUACAUAUACUUAAUCAUAACGAUAAUUUAAGAUUAUGUAUGCGGCGAACUACAUUCUCCAGUAAUUUAAUUCUUUUUUGUCCACCAUUCAAAUUAAAUAUAUAUAAAGAUAUAUUCCUAAUCGAUUUAUCUGAACAUGAAAAACGCAAUAUUAAUUCAAAAGAAAAGAAAAAGAAAGUUAAGAACACUUCGAGAAUCUGGUGAGUAUUCCGGAUGAGCGCAUGGACUUGAUCUGGAUCUUGGUCUGGAUCUCUCAUCUCAUUCGAUGUCCACUAAUGGAUCCUUCUGUUGUGCAGACUUAUUCUACGCCUUCCCACUAUUUUGUUAAUGAUUAACACAUUAAAUGAUUAACAACUUUUUUUCUGGCAGUAGUCGUAUUGCAACUCAAUUUUUUUUUAUUCAUUCUAAAUAAAGUUUUUAUUUUCUUCAUAUGUUUUAGUAUCUAUUUCAAGUAUUUAUCGGAAGAAUUCAAUUAAUUUCGGUAAAAUUUUGUUUAAUUUUUUUUUUUACAUUUUGUCUCUUACCCCUUUUUUUGUAAAAUAUUCUGGCUAUUUUGUAUUGGAAUUAAAUAUUUAACAGAACUGCAUAUCUUAUCUAAUAUGGAAUUUUUGGGAAAUGAUAUUCGUUUUGGGGAAAAUGCAAGGGAAAACCAUUCAAACGCUUGUGUAUUUGGAUAUACAUUUCUCACCGAUUUUGCAUAUUACUUCAAGUACUACAUUAUUUAGGCUAGAUCUUGAUAGUUUACGCCGUUUUCUUGCAAUGAAACCGACAAUCUCAGACUUCGACCAAAAUUUGAUGAAUAAUACUUUGUGUUAAUAUAGAGAAAUCAAACAGUUGUUUGUGUUUUAUACCCGUAUACCUUUCAUGUUGCAUAAAUAUACAUUUGGCAUAUACCUACAAAGCAACAAAUUUAAAUGUAGAUGUAAUCAAUUGUCAUGCUAAUAAUUUAAUUAUACUUAUAUAAAUACAUAUAUUAGUAUGUUCAAAAUACUAGUUUAAUCAAACAAAUAUUGCACUUUGAAAGCAAACAUCAAAUAUUUACAUUUUGAUCAGUUCUGGGUGUUGGCACAGAAAAUUAAUUUUAGUAAAUUAAUAAACAAUUCGAAGUGUAUAGCAUAUCUUUAAUUUUUUCAAUUUUGACGCAAAUGAAAAAUAAACGGAAGUUGACUUCCAAAUGCGAA